UUCCUGACUUUUUCCUCUGUUUCUUUCUCUCUGGCUUUUCCCCUCUGACUUUUUCCCUCAAAAGAACAAGGUGAAUGUCUUAGACUGGCCUUCAUAUUCUCCGGACUUUAAUCCAAUUGAGAAUCUGUGGUUCUACUUGAAGUGCAAACUAGCAGCGUACGAUACAGCACCGUCGAACCUAAAUGAGUUAUGGAAACAAGUUGCGGAGUUUGUAAUCUUGAUUUUGAAACAGAAUCGAAAUUAUCGACUCAUAAUUAUGACACGCAUUCUGACUCUAUCCAGGUGACUUUUGGUGACGAAUUGAUUACAGUUCAGAGGAACAGUAACAGUAACAAAUUUCAUUGUCCAAAAUGCGAAACAAAACUAAAAACACUGACAACAUUAAAAAGGCACGUUGGAACACACCGCGAACCGACAAGCAAUGCUGGAAAAAAACAAGGGCUUUCUGAAUCAGGAGAUGCUAAGGAGGAGUUUCCCUCAGUCAGUUUAGAUCACCAUGCACCUAACACUGAAAGAAUUGAUUUACAAGUGGAAGGUUCAAGUUCAUUUCCUUCCACCUCACGCUUUGAAAAAGAGACUGCAAUACUUAUAGCCAUGAAUGCCCUCUCUCUGUCAAAAAGGGAGCAAAAGAAAUGUUCUAUGCUUGCCAACAUGGCAUAUUUGGAGCCAAUAACCUUAACCUCUAAAUCAGGCAGGAAUUAUUGUUUAUUAGGUAAUGCAGCAAAUAUCAAUGAUAUACUUAGUGACCAACCAGUUGGCAACUGGGAACUCCCAUUGGAGAAUUUGGAAACAAGUGCCGAAUCUCCAGCAGCAAGCCAAAGCGUUGCUUUAAAUCACAUUAUUAAAACCUCACCCUUUCAAGCAUUUGUCGGAUACGAAGUAUGUUGAACUGUCUAAGUCUAUUGUCAGCAUGAUAAGUAAAGACUGGAUUCAAUUUCCGCCACUCCGCUAUGCAAUUCCACAACUUUUUUCUGGGGCAGUGAUUAUAGAUGAAUAUGCAGCACUAUUGGUAAAUGGCUUGGAGCCCUAUGGUAGGCUUCGAAUUGUUGAUGCUCAUUUGAAAGACGAACAAAAUCAACCCUAAGCCAGUCAUCAUUUCCUAAGAAAGAAACCAAGUACGGUUGGAUUACAACCGCUGCAGUCGAAGAUGACCAUACAACCAAACUAAAAAUUGGCCUAUUGACAUGUAACUUGUUAAUUACUUCCAGUUUAAGAAUCGAUAAUAAUGCAGCGAUUGGAUAAAGAAUCUAUCAAGCU